CUCCUGGCUCUCGCGGACUCUCCGUUCAUUGCUCUCGCCAGCAUGCUGCACCUCAGACUAUUCGUCAACCGGAACGCAAGGCAGGUUUUACGGAUACGUGUCAACCAUGUCCGGCAUGUCUCUACGCCCAGCUUAGACCCAAUGAUCUCCGGUUUCGUGACCAAACUCGCAGAAAAGCAGCCAUGCUAUAGUGCUGCAGCCUCGAGCAUCCGAAUAAUACAGCGGCCGGCCGAAUUCUAUCAGUGCUUGUUGGACAUGAUUCGGCGUGCUGAACACCGAAUAUUCCUCUCGUCGCUUUACAUAGGUUCGGAGGAAGCGGAACUGAUUGACGCGUUAAAAGCAACUCUCAGGCAGAAGCCAUACCUGCAGGCGCGACUUCAUCUCGAUUUGAAUCGUUCAACGCGACCUGGUCCUGGAUCCACUGCUCGCUUACUCCUGCCUCUCCUCAAAGAGUUCCCAGACAGGUUGCAUGUCUCUUUAUUUCGAAGCCCAAAGCUUAAAGGUCUAAUGGCCAAGGUGGUGCCGCCACGCUUUAACGAAGGAUGGGGAACCUGGCAUCCAAAGAUAUACGGCGCGGAUGAUGGAGUCCUACUGAGCGGAGCAAACUUAAACACUUCGUACUUCACUGACCGACAGGAUCGAUAUCUGCACUUCAGCCACCACCGACACUUGGCCCAAUACUGUUACGGCUUCCUGCAGGCGUCCUCGAGAUUCUCCUAUAGACUACUUCCUGCUGUUUUGAAACCAGAGGACUACACUCUGCACUGGCACGAUAGUCAAACCCACCCGCACAAUUAUGAGCAAAAGGCGGGCCAACUACUAUCGACUUUCCAAGAAACAUCUCGGCUUGGGUCGACGGAGUGCUUGGGAAACUUGGAUAAAAUGGGUGAUAUUACUCAGCUAAGAGACGUGCUCGUCUUUCCAAUCAUUCAGGCUGGACAGUUCGGUGUACGUGAGGAAGAACGUGCUUUGUCAAUGCUAUUCCACCACUUGUCCGGGCAACAUGACAAUGACAGGAACAGGAACGGGCACUACGAUGGCCCAUUGAUAGACCUCACAAGUGGUUACUUCGGGCUUUACAGAGACUACCGUGACCUCGUCCUUCAGAGCGAUCUCCGCUGCAGAAUCAUCUCCGCAAGCCCGAAGGCGAAUGGGUUUUACGGCUCCAAGGGCGUAUCUGGCCGCAUUCCAGAAGGCUAUACCCUACUAGAACAGAGGUUCAUGGGAGCCGUGCGGCGUGCCGAGCGCGAAUGGAAGCACGACGAGAUCGACUGGGAUGUUCUGCGAGGACCGGGGGUGCAGUUGAGCGAGUGGGAGCGCGAAGGCUGGACGUACCACGCAAAAGGCAUCUGGCUCCGACCAAGCCCUGUCGCAGAUCCCUCUCUGACCCUCUUUGGGUCGACGAACCUCAACUCGCGCUCGGCCAACCUCGAUACCGAGCUGUCUUUCGUUAUAGUCACUUCGUCACCCGAACUGCGUCGACAGCUCCGAGAGGAGGUUGACGCGCUCAGGGCACAUGUCCGUCCGUGGAGAGGGGAGGACAGGCGUGUGAGGCUCGGCACUAAAGCCCUGGUGGCUAUGGUCGGGGGAAUGCUGUAA